GUGCGUGCAAUUCCUCCUGUUCAAAAUCAACUUCGAGGUAAGAUCGAAUCUGUCCCUCCUGCAGUCAUAGAUAAGUUAGAAUUCUUUGGAACAGGUAAAGAGGAGUGGCUUCUUGUUAAAGGACAUUUUCCAAAAACAUUUAGAAAAUUAACACAUAAGAUAGCAAAUCCCUAUACCCUUCAAAUUUAUUCUGCGAUUAAUCUUUUAAAACAUGGUGAACAUGAAAUCGAAGUGUUUACAGUUCACCAAAAACAUAUAAUAAGGAUACCAACCGAAUUCCAACCUUUUUUUUGUGGAGAAACUGUUAAGAAAAUGUUGGUGGAUACUUUAGAAAAUUAUAAAACUAAUCAAAACUCUGGAUCCGAAUCCAAAAAACAAACUUUCCAAGGAAAUUUGCUUUCUUGGAAUGUGGUAUAUCAUGAUAGGUUUGAAACAAGAAGAAAUUUUUCAUUAAAAGCUCAGAUAUUUAACCAUGAACAGAAUGAAGAAGAAAGUCGGGAGCCUAUCGAGAAAAGUAUAGAACUUCCUUCGAACCAUUUUUUAUUAAGUAAAUCCACCUAUUUCAUGGAAUGUAAGCUUUUAGAAAGUGAGGAUUUAUUGAUGAUCACACCUAUUGGUGUAUUUAUUUGGACCGUUAAAUCUGACGGUGAAAUUGGAUUACUUUAUUAUUGGGGAAUUUAUGACGGUAUCAGGUCUAAAAUACCGCAAGAAGGAUUAAUAAUGAAUCUCGAAUGGAUUCUUGACAAUGACCAUUUGAAAUUUUCAAACAAAAAACUAUUACCUCCACCACAUUUUAAUAGGGUUGUUAAAAUGCGCAAAAGAAGUACAUGGUUUACUGAUAAUGACAGAGAAUGGGUAUCAAAUGCACCUAAUUUUCACGAUUUACUUGACGAUUAUAUGGAUAACGUAUUGCUUUUGGAAUUAUAUGGUGAUAAUCUUAUGCGCGCAUUAUUACAAGAGGAUGAUGAUGAAUUGAUCGAAGCAUUUUUCAAAAAAUGCCUUAAAUUAAGUGAACUUCAGAUAGAAGAAGGAAAUCUUUCAUCAUUUAGUAAAUUAGUAAAUAUUAUCUUUUCUUCAUUCCCUCAAUUAUCUGAAAAAUCCUUUACUUUUGUUACUCGAUUGCUAGCACAUUUAGCAUUCAUUCCUUCUCAUAAUUUUAAAGAUUCUUUAGUAAGUAAUUCUAACGCUUCCCACAUUCAACAUUGUGGCGAGUAUUUUUAUUUAACCGAAACUUCUUUAAUAAACCGUGUAAUAUUUUGGAUUUCUUUUAAUUAUCCAACAUUUUAUAAAACUUUAAAAUUUCCCAUUUCAUUUUAUCAAAAGUCUAAAGCUCAGUUAACCAUCAAAUUAAUGUUUCCUUUACUAAAUUUUUCUACUUAUUCUAAAGAUUAUUUAACUUUACAAGAAUUAAUUGUUCCUAGCAAUAAUUCUUUCACUUUAUCAUUUUCUUCCGAGAUAUAUGAGUGGUGGAAUCUGGAAGCUCUUGUCCAAUUUAAAUGGGAUACUUAUGGAAGAUAUUAUUACUUUUUUAUGUGGGCAAUAUUUACAGCUUUCAUGUGCAGUUUUACGAUCGCUGCAACCAUGUCACAAAUUUCUUGGAGUAAAAAAGUUAUUCUCUUGGAAUUAACUAUUUUCCUAGGAAUUUUUCACUUAAUAUUUGAGAUACGACGAUUUAUUCAUAAUCCAAGAUUAUUCAUACUUAGUUAUUGGCAUUUGUUUAAUCUUGUUGUGAUAUUGUUUCCAAUUUUUACCUCUAUUUCAUGGCUUCGAACUGAAAAAUUACCCCUUUGGGAAACUGUCAUUUCAACCUUAUUCCUUGAAUUGAAAUUUCUGCUUUUUUUUCGUGCGAUUAAAUACUUUGGAACUUAUUUUGCGAUAAUGAUCAGAGUCGCACAAAGAGUUUUCUCUUUUUUGGUAGUUUUGGCAAUCAUUAUCUUUGCGUUCGCACAUUCUUUACAUCUUCUAUUAAGAUCUAAUUCGGAUCAACAAAGUAAUAGUGGUGAUGUAAAUAAUUCUCAAUAUAUUCUAUCUAAUUAUACUGCCGAAAACAUCAUGGAGGAUUCUGAUGAUGAUAAUCUAAGCAUGUUUUCAAUGCUAUAUUCUUCCUUUUUAGCAGUAUAUUUUAUGAUGACAGGGGACAUAAGUCUGAUUAGUACAUCGGUUCUUGCUAAAGAUUGGAUAUUGGUUCUUCUAUUGGUUGUAUUUUCAUUUACUACAACUAUUUAUUUAAUGAACCUUUUUAUUGGUUUACUUAGUCUUGCAAUCAAUGAAGCAAAUAACAAACAGUCAUUUUUACAUUUGAGAGCUAUGACUUUAAAUGAAAUAGAACUUUUUUGGAUGUUGCCAUCUCAAAGAAGAAAACAAACCUGGUUUCCUGAUUUCAUAAAUUAUGAAGUAUCAGUAGAUGAACUUCGUCAAUUGGUUAGUUUGGUUUACGAAAAGAAUUAUGCUGGUUCCAAUCCACCAUACCUCUCAUCUUCAUUAUUAGAUAUGAUUAAUAUGACAAUAAAAGUUGAUACAAUUGAAGGUGUUGGAUUAAAAAUUGAUGGAAUUGAAAAGAAAAUUGACGGAAUUGAAAGCGAGGUUAAAACUAUGGUGAAAUCUGAAGGAGUUGAAAAACGAUUUAAUGAAUUUGGAGAAGAUAUAAAAAGUAUUGAAGUAAAAAUUAAUACUAUAAUGAGUUUGAUUGAAAAACUAUCUUCAAGUCAAAAAGAUUUUGAGGAUAAUGGUUACCGCGAUGAAGAGUAA